CUCGGUAAUUAGAGAAAAAGAGAGCGCCAACAUUACGAUUAUUUUGAAAUAAUUUGAUUGUAAACAUGCCACGCCCAACAAGAGAAAAAAGUAACUCUGAACCAAAGAAAAAUUCCAAAAGCAAAGCUGUCGAGAAACAGAAGGACAGCUGGAUAUUUAUUAUUAAUGAUGAGGUUAUCAAUGUGUCCAACUGUACACAAGAAGCGAUGCCGACACUUUGUAAGCUGAGACAUCCACGUUUAAAUUCAGGUACUGUGUACCUGGUAUCUGCAGAACACACUGGUAUCUAUGAAGUUAACUGUUUCAAAGAAAAAUACAGAUCUUGGUUUUUUGGAGAUACAGUUCACAGUGACGGUCACAUUUUUUUAACUACACCUGUUGAUCCUUUAUUUUUAAUUCUGCCCUACCUAAUCAAUGCUGGAGAGAAUAAGCGCUUCAUGAAGCUGGACCAGAUUGUUGCGGAUGAGGAUUUUCCAGACUGCCACAAAUUGUUGACGUGUUGCAUAGAUGAUCAACUGGAACUAGUCACUGAUUGGAAAGAUAUUGAUGACAGCACUAGAGUAUAUCGUUACAAUCUAGACAAAACUUUAAAUUGGCUUAAAAUUAAGACGGAGACAUUAACAGAUGUUUUAGAAGAAAAAAAUGUUCAAGUCAGCACCAAAGGCGCGCACAGUACCUUUUUUGUUCGCAGCAAAGGCUCUGAGAUAUCCAAAGAUUCAUAUACUGAAUAUGCUUUUGGUAUCAUCUGUGACUACUUACCAGUGGCAUUGGAAGAGAGACUUAAAACUUAUUUAGGAAUACCUGAAACUGCUGAGAAUAUUCCCACACCUGAUUUAACUGUAGAGAAUGAACCCCCACUUAAGAAAGCUAAGGUUGGAGACUUGACACCUACUGAAGAUUACAGUGUGGGUUAUGACCUUAAAAAGGACAAGUCCAAGACUGGGAAGCUGAGUGCCGCACAGAAAAGACUGAGUAAAGUGGAUAAAUCAGGGAUGAAGAGUAUGCUCAGCUUUUUUUCUCCCAAGUCAUAAAAGUCAUUGACUCAUCUGUCUUAAGUCAUGUUUAACUGUUCUUAAUCCUACGUCUUCGCUGUGAGAAAAUUUUGGAAUAUUGUGCCCUUCACAUCUUCUUCAGUGCUCUUUGCCUGCCUAUACUGUUAAAUAAGGCAUGAAUUUUUAGUGGUCCUGGUUAAAUGAGAUUUUGGUAACAAUUGAAAAAAAGAGUUUAAAAAAUUAAAUAUCGUGCAGUUGUUACUUAUUGAUAUGAAGUUGAUGAAUAUUUUUUGGAAAAUACAGUAAAUAUGGCACUUUUGGUUUAAAAUUACAUGUGAUGAAUAUGUAAUGUCUCUAGUAGAAAAUAACAUAUAACUUAAUUAAUACUUAGUUAAAAAAUGAAUCAUUUAAUUUCAUGUAAAAUUUGUAUGCAAAACAC